AUGUAAACACAAUACCAUCUCUGAAGGCUUUACUGAGUCCGGGUACCCAGGCACUUGAUACAGCUACCCCCAUUUCGUUGCUGUUCACCAGAAGUGACUGUGUGCCGAGUGUUUCACACAAACCAGGAGACACGGCAUCGAAAGUCAGUCUGCAGCAGACGACAUGCAGCCUGUGACGACGGGCUACGUCACCAAGGGACACUACACCGAAUCCCAACUGCUAAACUAUUACCGACAGCGGGUGCAGAAAGAAAAGGCAGCGGUUCGGUUCCACGAGAAAGUCACCAAUAAAGCCUUGAACAUCAAACCGCCUUUGGCAGAUGUCAGCCUGGAAGACCUUGCCAAAGCGAGAUCCGUCUAUGGCGUCAGGCGUCCGCUGACUACAUCACCGCCCGUACGACUUUACGAUCACUUUCACCGUGUGGACCACUCGUGGGACCAGAAAGUGGCGAAGGAAGCCCUGCGAAACUUGACCAAGUACAAGAUUUCUGCUAGAGAGGAAGAGCAUUACCGAGAUGUCACCGUGCUGUCGAACAGUGUAUACGGUCAUCGUCUCCACAAGCCCGUUGAGGAGCUGAGACGUCACCACGUCCGCAUCGCCCAUUUGCGCUCCAAUGUCUUCCGCCGUUCCGGCAUUGAAUUCGGCGAUGGCUACCCCACGCCAUGAAAUCUUUACAAGAAAAAAGUCACUAAAUUCUACUGAUCAAUGCAGUAAACAAAACUUUUUUUAAAGUC